GUGAUGACAUGACAUUUGACAAAUGACAAUUAAAAUUAUUGUCAGGAAUUUUAAUUUAAAAAUUUGAUUCAGGAAAUUGCAACUUAAUCUAAAUUAGAGAAGAGAACAAGAACUAUAUUUCAAAAACAGCAUGGACGCUCCAAAAACAUCAGAUAUUGUUCUAAUAUCUGGAAAUUCUCAUCCGGAACUCUCCAAUUUAAUACAUAAAAGAUUGGGGGUAAAAUCCAGUGGAUGUGCGGUGUAUCAUAAAUCAAAUCGAGAGUCUAUGGUGCAAAUUAAUGAUUCGAUAAGAGGAAAAGAUGUGUACAUCAUUCAAACUGGCGCAAAGGACGUAAACAAUAACAUAAUGGAACUUUUGAUAAUGGCAUAUGCAUGUAAAACUUCCUCCGCUAAAUCUAUUGUCGGCGUCAUACCCUAUCUUCCAUACAGCAAACAAUGUAAAAUGCGUAAAAGAGGAAGCAUUGUGACCAAACUCCUGGCACAAAUGAUGUGCAAGUCUGGAUUAACUCACAUCAUAACGAUGGAUUUGCAUCAGAAAGAAAUUCAAGGAUUUUUUGAUUGUCCUGUCGAUAAUUUAAGAGCCAGUCCUUUCCUUCUCCAAUAUAUCCAAGAAAGUAUUCCAGACUAUCGUAAUUCCGUGAUAGUAGCAAGAAACCCGGCUGCGACGGCCAAAGCGACGUCUUAUGCAGAACGUUUACGUCUAGGUAUUGCCGUGAUUCACGGAGAACAAAAAGAAUCUGAUUCUGAUGAAGUAGAUGGACGAUAUUCACCUCCUACUGUACCAAAGUCGCGAACCAUGGACGCCGGCGUGGGUGUACCAGUCCAUAUUGCUAAAGAGAAGCCCCCAAUAAACGUUGUAGGAGACGUGGGUGGUAGAAUUGCCAUCAUGGUGGAUGAUUUGAUAGAUGAUGUACAAUCAUUUGUUGCUGCCGCUGAAGUAUUAAAGGAACGUGGGGCAUACAAAAUUUAUGUUAUGGCUACACACGGUCUGCUAUCAUCUGAUGCCCCACGUCUGAUUGAUGAUUCGCCCAUUGAUGAGGUUGUUGUUACCAAUACAAUUCCACAUGAACUCCAGAAAAUGCAGUGUCACAAGAUCAAGACAGUUGACAUUUCAAUUUUGCUGUCAGAGGCCAUUAGACGAAUCCAUAAUAAAGAAUCCAUGUCAUAUCUUUUUAAGAAUGUCACUUUAGAAGACUAAACUGUAUACUAUUUUUUUUUUUUUUUUUUAGAAAAUUCGGUAUGGCCUAACUGCAAGUAUUUUUUAGCUUUUUUUAGGUUUAUUUUAAAACUACUUAUUUUUUUAUUAUUUAGUCAAUUUUAGCUGGUGGUUUACACUUUUUUUUUUUUCUUUAUACAAAACUUAUUUACAGGGUUUUACAAUUUUACAUUUAUUAUCAUUUUAUUUUUAAAUUUACACAACUUUCUACAUUAUCUACACAACAUUCACUAGUUGUUUUAGUUGUGUGUAUUUUGAGUAUAGAAAUACAGGAUGACUAUAAAUUAUUGUUAUCAAACUUUUUUUACAGUCACCCAAUCUAUAGUUCUCUAUAAAAUAAAGAGUGGUCCACCAAAAAAUGUUUCUAACUAAGCUGUGACCGAAAAGACAGAAAUACUAGUCAUGUCUGUGAUAAUGACUUAAUAAAUCCAAACUAGCACUUAUAUACACUUCGACAUAGGUAAAUUUUUCCAAAGGCCUGUUUAAGAAUCAUUUUAUUGUGGAUUACUCAUGUAAUAAUCUAUCAAUUUAAUUUUUAUACUUUACACUAUAUUGAAAGCCCUAUGAUAUUACUAAGUCUUUAGAUAAUUCUACUGAUAAAUCCUACAUCAUAUUGUCAUAAACAGUGCACUUUUAAUUGUUUAAUAUGGACAGUACAAAGUUGCAACUGUCAGUAUCUUCACUUGUCAUGUUAAAUGGAAGGUGUCGUCUAGUGAAUUUAUUGUGAAAAGAAUUUUAGAUACAUGAAUGCCGUGUUUAAUAAUAAUUAAUAAGAAUUAGUAAUUAAUUAAUAAUAUUAAGAUGAUAAUUAGUAAUUAUUAUAUAGAAUGUGGGUGGCUCAGUGGUUUGGAUCCAGGUCCAGUAAAGGAUUUAAUAAUUGAAUUAAAAUAUUUAUUAUAAUAUAUAGGUAAGAUUCCCCACUAUUAUUUACUGUUGGGUUCAAAUUAACAGCGCUGUUCCUAAAGUGGC